AUCAGUAGUGUUAUCCCAACCAACGCCAACAGAAACAACAGGCACACACAUUGUACCUUCGAUCUCUCCCGUUCUUUUAUUUUUUGUUUCCGAUAAGCAACUUACGGUUUUGAUCGACUUCUCUGCUCUCGGCUUUUUUCGCUUCUAUAGAAAUAUGAACCUCAUCAACCAAAGUCAAAAGUGAACCCCUUGGGCAUAUAUGCUUAAAGGCUUGAGUGACCUAAGGUUCCUGGCAACAAGGAUGGAGAAUUAAGUAUGGGUUAGAAAACAACCAUAGAGGAGUUUCAUUCUGGUACCUCAAGAAAAUGAGAGUGAGGAAAUGAAUGAAUGAUGGAUCUGGGAAUUGUAUACAUCUAUCAUAUAAAAAACUGUAUGGACUCCCAUGUUGGGUUUCUGAAGAUGGUAUUUUAAGGUUCUGACGAUUUGGAAGACGUAUUAUAGGACUGGUUGUAUCACAACGUGUCCUCUAAUAUCCAGUUUUUUUUUCAAAGAGAGAGGAAUUUUGAAACAUGAGUUUUGUUUUUCGAGGUAGUAGAGCAGAUAUUGAAAAUGAAUUUGGAGGAUUUAUUCCUGAACCACCUGCAGUGCGUAUUCAUACUGCUCGAUCUGUUAAUACCAACUCCCUUGCUUUUCUUGUGACAGCAGUUAUUUUGCUUUUCAUGAUUUUGAACUCUCAUCAGAUGUCACCAAACCUUUUGCUCUGGCUAGUUGUGGGUGUCUUUUUGAUGGCCACAAGCCUGAGGAUAUAUGCUGCUUGUCAACAACUUCAAGCUCAGGCCAGGGCUCAUGCAGCAGCAGCAAGUGGCUUGCUUGGUCAUACUGAACUGCGGCUGCACAUGCCACCCUCAAUAGCUUUGGCAACUAGAGGACGAUUACAAGGACUAAGACUCCAGCUUGCACUUGACCAUGAGUUUGAUGACCUGGAUUAUGAUACUCUCAGAGCACUGGACUCUGAUAAUACAUCCACAACUCCUUCGAUGAGUGAUGAAGAUAUAAAUGCCUUACCAGUUCACAAAUACCAGGCUGCUGGCUCUCAGAACUCAUCACUGCAACUGGAGUCAUCUUCUUCAGGCCUGGCUGAGACUAAACAAGACUCUAGAAAGGCAGAUGGGAGGAUAAAGGGCCCUGAAGAUGAACUGACAUGCAGCAUUUGCUUGGAGCAAGUUAAUAAGGGGGAGCUUGUUCGCAGCUUGCCAUGUUUGCAUCAGUUUCAUGCCAAUUGCAUUGAUCCAUGGCUGCGGCAACAAGGCACAUGCCCUGUUUGUAAAUUAAGGGUGGGAUCUGCAUGGCAGGAUAUCGGCGAGAGCGAAUCAGAUGGUUCAGACAUGGUCUAGUGACUUGUUAAACAAUCCGUAUGUAAAUGCUUGUAGUAUAGUUACUUACCAAUUACCAUUGUCUUUUUAUUUUUAUUUUGUACAAACCAUAUUGUAUGUUGUAUAGAAAUAAUACACUCUAGGUAACUCAGUUACAUGCGCAUAACCUCCAGGUGUGGCCUCUGCCUACAUGUGCAUUCCUGUGUUUCCCCCAAAAUAAAAAAGCUACGAUCUCCUCUGGCAUUUACCUGAUAGUUUCAGCUUUCUUAUUUCAAAGU